GUAUAGGGCAGUGGGAGAGCCAAUCAACGAAUCGCGCAGCGCUCUCUUUAAGCCUGACAUAUCUCCAACAGGAACAAAUUGUCCCAACAAUCAACAUCCGAAUCUCCCGUGCGCAUCAGGGGUGGAGUGGAUAUUGUCCGGACGCCGGAUUGCACUGGGUUCUGGAACACAAUAACAAACCAGUGAAGAAUAUAUAGACAGAAAAACAGCAUUCCUCUGGAUAUCGGCGUUGGGCUGGGGAUUGAGACCCGACAUCAUGUCAAUACUACCUUCGUUUGGGUUUACCCAGGAGCAAGUCGCCUGCGUCUGCGAGGUCCUGCAACAAGGAGGUAACCUGGAGAGGCUCGGUCGUUUUCUCUGGUCUCUCCCAGCUUGUGACCACCUCCACAAGAAUGAAAGUGUACUGAAAGCAAAGGCGGUGGUCGCCUUCCACCGAGGGAACUUCAGAGAGCUCUAUAAGAUCCUGGAGAGCCACCAGUUUUCCCCGCACAACCAUCCCAAGCUGCAGCAGCUGUGGCUGAAAGCGCACUACGUGGAGGCGGAGAAAUUGCGCGGCCGACCGCUUGGAGCGGUGGGGAAGUAUAGGGUAAGAAGGAAAUUUCCUUUGCCCCGCACGAUCUGGGACGGCGAGGAGACCAGCUAUUGCUUUAAGGAGAAGUCCAGGGGUGUUCUUAGAGAGUGGUACACGCAUAACCCCUAUCCCUCCCCGCGAGAGAAAAGGGAGCUGGCCGAGGCCACGGGACUGACUACUACGCAGGUCAGCAACUGGUUCAAAAACAGACGCCAGAGAGACAGAGCCGCAGAAGCUAAAGAAAGAGAAAACAGCGAAAACAACAACUCCGGCAACAACAAACAGAACCAGCUGUCUCCCCUCGACGGCGGCAAGUCGCUCAUGUCCAGCUCGGAAGAUGAGUUCUCUCCACCACAAAGCCCUGAUCAGAACUCUGUGCUUUUGCUCCAGGGAAAUAUGAGUCACCCCGGUGUCUCCUCUUACCCUAUGACGGGUCUCGGUGGCGCACAGCCGGUGCAUGGAAUGCACGGACACCCGCACCAACUCCAAGACUCGUUGCUGGGACCUCUAACAUCGAGCCUUGUGGAUCUAGGCUCCUAAAGGCAAACUGAUACUAUCUUUGAAAAGACUGAUAACUCUACCAGCUUGAGUACAUAUAUGAAAUUACACUAUGGUACCUUAUAACUAGACUGACCUCUGUCUGUCGUUAAAUUUGGUUAGAACUAUAACGCAAUUAUUUUAUGCGCUUAUCCUGACUUAGGAGGUACCCUCCUUCCCGUGAAAAUACAAUCAAACCCCCUUUUACGAACUCUUAAGUCAACGAGACACUUAAACUGGACUGCCCUUUUGCUUAAUUUAUGAUAUUUUUUUGUUCAGAUAAAAUUUAUAGCAACCUCCUGCUAUGGAAACUAAGAAGCGACGUAUUCAUUAAAAUCCUAUUAGUUUCCAAUAAAACAAAAAGAGACGUCAAUUUGUUUAAUGUGUAUUAUUUGUAUGUCCAGUCAAUAAAAUAAAUAGCAUUAUAUCAUAGCCUAUAUUCAUCCCUCAAAGAUAUGUAGGGCAGAACAAAUAUAGGCUAUAAUAAACCAAAACAUUUUGGUCAGGUUUUCUUCCUUGGUAUAGCAUUGAUCCAUCUACAUUUUACGCACGUCCAUGAUAGCAAACAAUACAAAAUAUCUGUUCAACUUUUGGGCAGGGUGUAUUCGAAAAGCACAUUUAGUUUCUUAGGCCUCUAUGUCCCUAUUUGGAUGGAUAGAAACCACGGUCAAAGUUCUCUGUUUAACUCUCCAGACAAAAUGGACAUAUUUAGUCUUUCCUUGAAAUUGUUGCUUUAAUUUUCACCCAACGUGGGAUUUCAGAUAUGUCAAUGGUGUUGAAACUCAAAACAUGAUCAAGUCAGAAUAACAACAAAACAUCCGGAUUGGGAACUGUAAAUGUGGGCCCCAAAAUGUUUUAAUUCGAUAAAAAAAAGGACCACGAGGUAUGCACAACAGAGUAGUAGUUUUGUCGAUGAUAUUUAAAGCCAUGUUUUGCCCAAGGCGAAGAAGCCUGGUUCUCGCCCGUGCUCCGUGAGCGCUGCGGAUCAUUACGUCUGCGUUGCGGUGUUUACUUUGCUCUCUCCAAGUGUUUGUUCUGUCGGUUCUGGGCCACGGAAAAGCAACACCAUCUGCGGAAGGCGUGAUUUUACAUUAAUCUGUAGUCUACUACGAAGAACAAAUAAACCUAGAAAUUGA